UUUAUUGCAACUUUGGCAGAAUUUGUUGGAACGUGUAUGUUCUUAUUCUUUGCUUUGGCCAUCAAUUCAACUUGUUCAACGGUAGAGGAUGAGGAAAAAGCAGCAGGUAUGAAGACCGUUGAUUUAACCGCUUUGUUGGUUUCAAGUGUCGGAUUCGCAUUCAGUUUGGCAAUCUCUGCUUGGGUUUUCUUCCGUGUUUCGGGUGGUGUGCAAAAUCCUGCCAUCACGGUUGCUUUAGCAUUGACAGGAGCUUUCCCAUGGCAAAGAGCUAUUGCACUAACUGUUGCACAAUACUUAGGAGCUAUUGCAGCAAGUGGAUUGAUCGUUGGUCUAUAUCCCUCACAUACUCUUAAUACAAGAACAACUUUGAAUCCAGCAAUGACAAUCAAUCAAGGUUUCUGGUUGGAAUUUUUAAUGAGUGCUUUGCUCAUUUUCACAGUUUUGAUGUUGGCCGCUGAAAAGCAUCGUGGUACAUUCUUGGCACCAAUCGGAAUUGGUCUUUGUCUUUUGAUUACACAACUCUUAGGUCAACCUUACACUGGAGCUUCUGUCAACCCUGCACGUACUCUAGGACCUGAUAUCGUUCAAGGUAAAUUUGAUCAUUAUGGUUGGAUUUAUUAUGCUGCUCCGUAUUCUGCUGCAAUUGCAACUGCCACUUUCUAUGCAAUGUUGAAAUGGAUGAAAUACGAAACUGCUGCACCCGAUCAAGAUGCAGAUGAA